AUGCUGACCACCCUCCGUGCCAGGAGCCGCAGCCUGUUCCAUGACUCUGAUGUGGGCAUCAGGAGCCAGAGUGAUGCCCUCCUCCACAGCUGCCUCAAACCAUGGAACUCCCUCCAGGAGGUGAGCAAGGACAUCUAUGACAUUUAUGCAGAGUAUGAACAUGAAGAGGAUGUGGAGCAGUUCCCAGUGUCCCCAACCAAGCACUUCACCCUCAACAUCAACGUGGGAGGGAUGGUGUACCGGCUGCCCUACCAGCUGGCCGCCCGCUACCCAAAGAGCCGCAUUGGUCGCCUGGCCACCUGCUCCGAUCACAGUCUCAGACUGGACCUGUGUGACGACUACAUUGUUCACAGCCAGGAGUUCUUCUUCGACCGAGACCCCUCGGUGUUCCACCACAUCUUCACCUUUUACAGAACAGGCGUGCUGUGGAUCAAAGAUGAGCUGUGUCCCCGGAGCUUCCUUGAGGAGGUGAACUACUGGGGCGUGAGGAUCCGGAACACUCAGCGCUGCUGCCGCAUCUCCUUCGAGGAACGCCAGGACGAGCUGAACCAGCAGCUGAGGAUACAGAGACUGCUGCUGGAGGAGGUGGCAGUAGAGGAGAACGAGGUUCUGUUUUGUCACAUGCGCUGGGGGCGGAGUCGACGGGCGUUGUGGAACCUGAUGGAAAAGCCCUUCUCUUCUGUGCCAGCUAAGGUCAUGGCAGUGGCAUCAUCCAUGUUUGUGCUCAUCUCGCUGGUUGCCAUGACACUCAACACUGUGGAGGACAUGCGCUUCCAGACUGCUUGGGGCCAGCUGAACGGCAGGAUUUACGGUGAGAGUGUGGAGACCUUGUGCAUUGCAUUCUUCACUCUGGAGUACAUACUGCGUCUGGUGUCUACUCCAAACCUGAGGCGCUUUGGGCGGAGCAUGCUCAACACAGUGGACCUGAUCGCCAUCCUGCCCCAUUACUUGCAGAUGGUGCUAGAGCGCUUUGAGUACGAGGACAUCCAUCUGGACUCAGAGGAUAUCGAGACAGUGGGACGUGUGGGCAAGGUGGGACAGGUGCUGAGGAUCAUGCGGCUCAUGAGAAUCUUCAGGAUUCUCAAGUUGGCACGACACUCGACUGGACUGAGGGCGUUUGGCUUCACCCUGCGUCAGUGCUACCAGCAGGUGGGCUGUUUGCUGCUGUUUAUUGCCAUGGGGAUCUUCAUGUUCUCAGCCAUGGUCUACACGGUGGAGCAUGACGUCUCCAACACAAACUUCACAUCCAUGCCCCAUGCCUGGUGGUGGGCCGCGGCCAGCAUCUCCACGGUGGGGUACGGAGACAUGUUCCCGGAGACCAACCUGGGUCGGAUAUUUGCAUUCGGCUGCAUCUCCUUUGGGAUCAUCCUGAAUGGCAUGCCCAUCUCCAUCCUCUACAACAAGUUCUCGGACUACUAUGCAAAGCUUAAGUCCAAUGAGUACACAGCCAUCACCAAGGCCCGUGGCAAAGUACACUUCACCCGCCGGGCCCUGAGGCGGCUCACACAGCCCCGCAAAGCCUGAUCCAACCACCAGGGGGCACAUGAAACAUCACACCAGCUAUGCAUAUGUGUUGCUGUGCGAUCACUGAGCCAAACAGCAUUGCAUUUCUGACCAUUUUAAAGUGGAACUAAACCAAAAUCCACACUAAAUCUUAUGGCUCCUAAACUAUGUAUAUAGUGUUUUAAUAGCAUUGUCUGUUCCUAGUCAGUGUUGGCACCCAACUAGCUAAGCCUGCAGCUUUGUGCAGGCAAGCAUGGCUAAAAAUAAAAUUGUGUGUGCGACCUACAGUGGCCUCUGCAUUUCCACUAGUUGUAAACAGAGCAGUCUUUUGUGAUAUCACUAAACUGGCUGUAGGGGCGGAGUUCACUGUUCCUCAUA